UGAAGUUUCCUAUUAUUUUUCAAAUUUGUAGCAAAUUAACCGCUGUUUUCUUGGAUUAUUUGCAUCCAUAWUACCCUGAAAAGAUGGCUUUUCAACCUCAAGGAGGCCAAGAGAGUCAGAAUAGAAAGAUUUURCAGGAUUUGCAGGAAAGAAAGAGGCAAAUGAUGAGCCAACAGUCCACAGCCGCAAAUACAAGCUCCAUCAGUCCAGGAUCAAGUCAUGGUUCCAGACCCUCUGAUUCUGUGGUUUUACGCACUGAAAACCAUCAACUUACACUCAGUCAACGGCAAGCACUGGAGCAAGCCAAUACAGUGUCACCAGGAUACUACGUUACCCAAGAUUCAUUAUAUGGYAAUCUUAUACUACCAGUUAUCCCAAGACUUGAAAAUGACACGACACAAACCUGAUGAUUGGAUGAAGUUGCAUUAWAGSUUGGAAUAUUAUGCUGCCCAAGAUGCAUUGCYAGUUGGRUAACCAUUAAUYUACCCAGUCAAAUGGCUGACUAUUAAUAAAACAUCAAUGUCUUAGCCAGGUGAUGGGAAGAGCAUCUUGCAUUAUAAAGGCUAUUUUCCACAAUGGGACAGAAAAUCAUAUGAAAGAGAAUAUAAUAUCAUUGUGUGUGUAUAGCUCGAAUGCUCUGACCACGAUGAUCAAUUUGUACACAUAAAUCCUAAUUAACAUAAACUGAAAUUUGCAUAAUGGGCCCAGGGCAUUUGUCCAUUAGGGAAAUUAUUUCUCUUAGAGAAAUUGGAUUCUUGGUGAAUUGGAUUUUAGGUCUCACUGCAAAGGAAUUAGAUAAUAUAAUAAACUAUAUAGCAUUUUUUUUGGGGGGGGGGGGGGACUUUAGCAUUGAGUACUCACAUUUAACAAAUUGCUUAUGGUUUUGAGUUGUAUGUCCUCUUAAUGACACACUCUUGACGUCAUAAAAUGUUCAAAACUCAAGUGGACCCACGAGCGCAGCAAGAAAUGAAAAAUGUGACUGUGCAAUUUGUUUUUAUACCACAUUUUGUCUAAAUAUUAGCGAAAAACAUUCUUUCCUUUCAA